GAGAAGCGACACUGGAGAAGCAGAAGAGUGAUUGCAGAGGCAGAGGGGAAGGCGGGCUGGCCCAUGGCUGAGGCCUUGCUCCCACAGCUGGAGGGAGAUGCCGAAGCCACGCCUUGCCCCAGCGUCCUGGAGCUAGAGGAGCUCCUGAGGGCAGGGAAGGCCUCUUGCAGCCGUGUGGAUGAAGUUUGGCCCAAUCUUUUCAUAGGAGAUGCCCAAGGUCCUGGUGCACUGUGUGGUGGGUGUGAGCCGCUCUGCCACACUGGUCCUGGCCUAUCUCAUGCUGCACCAGCAGCUGUCCCUGCGUCAGGCGGUGAUCACUGUGAGGGAACACCGGUGGAUCUUCCCCAACCGUGGCUUCCUCCACCAGCUCUGCCAGCUGGACAAGCAACUGCGGGGUGCAAGCCGGAGCUAAGAAGCCAGAGCCCGUCCUUACUCCCUGCCACAGGGCUCUGCCACUUUGCAGCUCUGGCACUGACCCUGCUGGUGCUUCUGGAGGCUCUGGCCCAGGUGGAUGCCAAGAAGAUGCUAAGAGCCCAGCGUGGGAUCCAUCCUCGAGCCUGCCACUCCAUCUACUUCCUCCUGUAUCCCUCACCCCCUCUCGGUCACUGUCUUCAGUCCCCACAGAAACAGCAUCAAAUGUGCAGAGACAGGCGGCUGGAAGCUGGCAGCACAAACUGCCUGUCAGAGAAGACCACAGCCUGGGCUGGACACCCCCUCAGGAUGAACUCACUGCAGAAGCAGGAUCUCCGGAGGCCCAAGAUCCACGGGGCAGUCCGGGCGUCUCCCUAUCAGCCACCCACACUGGCCUCGCUGCAGCGCUUGCUGUGGGUCCGUCGGGCCACCAUGUUGAACCACAUCAACGAGGUCUGGCCCAACCUUUUCUUGGGAGAUGCGUAUGCUGCCCGGGAUAAGAGCCAGCUGAUCCAGCUGGGCAUCACCCAUGUUGUGAAUGUUGCUGCAGGCAAGUUUCAAGUGGACACAGGUGCCAAGUUCUACCAUGGGAUGCCCCUGGAGUACUAUGGCAUCGAGGCUGAUGACAACCCCUUCUUUGACCUCAGUGUCUACUUUCUGCCUGUUGCUCAAUAUAUCCGAACUGCCCUCAACACUCCCCGAGGCCGCGUGCUGGUCCACUGUGCCAUGGGGGUAAGCCGCUCUGCCACACUUGUCCUGGCCUUCCUCAUGAUCUGCGAGAACAUGACACUGGUAGAGGCCAUCCAGACGGUGCAGGCCCACCGAGAUAUCUGCCCCAACUCAGGCUUCCUCCGGCAACUCCAGGUUCUGGACAACCGGCUAGGGCGGGAGACGGGGCGGCUAAUGACCUGACAAGCAGCCCAGAGCCCUGGCUCUCCAUCCAGCAUGGCCCAACCUGACAAGCCUGGACCUGGGGAUAGCAGCCUCUGCUGUUUCCAGAGACCCUGAGGUGUAAACAGCCAGUAGGGGCUUAGCUGAGGCAGGGGCAGGGAGAGCUGGGUGGUGACCUUUAGCAGGUGGAUUCCCCAACCCAAUCAGAGAUUCUUUAUGCAAAAGAGAAUUCAGUCUGUCUCUAUAAUAAAAGGUUCAUCAUAAUAAAGACAAGAGAUC